AUGUCUACGAGCGCGAGCCGCAUUGCGACGACGAUGAUGCAGGGAGCGCGCGUCGGGGUCGGGAGGAGGGGGGCUGGGGGCGCGGUGGUGGUGGGCGGUCGUUCUCGAUCGAUCGCGGCCAGGGCGACGAACACCAAGUGGAUGGACUACAAGCCGUUCAUGCGCAAGCUCGGCGACAGCGAGCUCCUCGUCCCAGACAUCUGCCUGGGCACCAUGACGUGGGGCGUUCAGAACACGGAGGAGGAGGCGCACGAGCAGCUGAGCUUCGCCCUGGACUGCGGGAUCAACUUCCUGGACACCGCGGAGAUGUACCCGGUGCCGCCCACCGAGGACACGCAGGGGCGGACGGACCGGUACAUCGCGACGUGGCUCAAGGACCAGGCGCGCGACAAGAUCACGCUGGCGACCAAGGUCUCGGGGUACAGCGACAAGGCCUACCUGCGCGACGGCGCGGACAAGACGCGCGUGGACCGCGCGAACAUCCUCGAGUCGGUGGACAAGUCCCUCGCGCGGCUCGGCACGGACUACGUCGACCUCCUCCAGAUCCACUGGCCCGACCGGUACGUGCCGCUGUUCGGGCAGGCCGGGUACGACCCGUCGCAGGAGCGCGAGGCGGUGCCGUUCGAGGAGCAGCUGCGCGCGCUGGAGGAGGUGGUCCGGGCCGGCAAGGUGCGGUACAUCGGCGUGUCGAACGAGACGACGUUUGGCGUGUGCAAGUUCGCCGAGCUCGCCGCCGCGCACUCGCUCCCGAAGAUCGUCUCCAUCCAGAACGUCUACCACCUCAUGGCGCGCGGGGCGUUCGAGACGGACCUCGCGGAGGCCUGCGCGCCGUCCAACUACAACGUGGGCCUGCUGGCGUACUCGCCGCUGGCCGGCGGCGCGCUGAGCGGCAAGUACCUGGCGGCGGACCCGCCGAAGGACUCGCGGCUCAACCUCUUCCCGGGCUUCAUGGAGCGGUACAAGGCCUCGCACGCCGCGAGGGCCACGGCCAAGUACGUCGAGGUGGCGCAGAAGCACGGCGUGACGCCGACGGAGCUGGCGCUGGCGUACGUGAAGAGCCGCUGGUUCGUCGCCAGCAGCAUCAUCGGCGCGACCAAGAUGGACCAGCUCAAGGAGGACAUCGGCGCGUUCACCGUCGAGCUGCCGGACGAGUGCCUCGCCGACGUCGAGGCCGUGCACCUCGACUUCACGGACCCGUCCAUGCGCGCGUAG